AUGGAUUUUCUAAAGAACAACGCAGCGGAAGAGGCGCGGUGCCAGACGGCGAUGACCGUUAGAAUGGCGUCCAUAGCCGUUUACGCAUUAGGGUUCUUCCUCGCCAUGAUUUUGUGCAACUUUGUUCACUUUCUCUUGCGCCCUUUUUCUCAACCUCGCAUCAUUUCGGAAGCCAUGGUAGGGUUGUUUUUGAGUAAUAUCCCGGGCAUACGAAACUCAUUAGAUGACACGGAGACCCAGCAAACCUUAAACUACAUUGUGGAUGUAAUAAUGAUAUGUCACAUGUUUGUGGUGGGACUAGAAAUAGAUCCCAACAUAUUUCAACACUUACACCUCCGGGAGACUAAGGUUGCCUAUUCUGGAGUGCUGGCCACCUUUGUACUAGCAAACUUUCUGGCUCCGCACCUGAAAAUGUCUUCCGACAUGAUGGUUAACAUCGGACUUUGCCUUGUGCUGUCCGGCACGGCCUCUCCUCUCCUGACCCGCAUCAUAACCGAUCUAAAGAUCGGCAAGUCGGACAUCGGGCGCUUUGUGGUGUCCGCCGGCGUCCACUCCGACGUCGUCUCCACCCUGCUCAUCUCCCUGGGCUACCUAGUGUUCGACCCCACGGAGAAAUUCCAGACCCGGGACCCGAGGAGCGUGGCGAAGAUGCUGACGACGCUGGUGUUCCAGACGGUGCUGGCGUCCAGGGCGGCGCGUGUGGUGAUGGACUGGGUGAACCACGAGAACCCGGAGGGGAAGCCCAUGAAGGGGUCCCACCUGGUGAUCGCCAUAGCCUUCGUGGUGUUGGUUUGCAGCACUUCGCCGUACUUCGGGGAGUUUAAUAAGGUGCUGUCUGCGUUUCUGGCGGGGCUUUUCAUGCCCAGGGAAGGGAGGAUAUCGAAGAUGUUGAUCAGUAAGGUUAACUAUGUUUUUACCACCAUUUUUUACCCUUUGUUUUUCCUGUGGGUAUGGACUUCCGCAGACCUCUCCAAAUUUGGGGCUGAUCGGUGGCAGACAUGGGUUAACGUAGUGUGCCUGUUCUUGAUAACGACUGUCGGAAAAGUUGUCGGAUCAUUGGUGUCGGGAGUGAUGCUUGGGUUUCAUUGGCCGGAAUCCGUUGCAAUUGGUUUGCUUCUCAAUACGAAGGGCCAUUUUCAAGUCUUCUUGGCUGUAUACGGCCCAAUUUUGGGUAUUAUUCCGGGUUCCCUUGGGCUUUCAGUGGUGUUUAUGACUUUUUUGACCAUAGUCUACACCCCGUUGGUUGUGGCAAAGAUCAUUAGAUGGGCGAGGAAACGUUCGCCUGCCCAAAGAAUGGCACUCCAAUGGCUCAAUGCAUCCGACGGGCUACGAAUCUUACUUUGUCUCCGAGGCAAACACAACGUUUCUUGCGCAAUCAACUUCAUCGAGAUCUCUCGCGGCCCGGUAGAUCCCGGGAUCAUGAUAUACCUGGCCGACAUGAUCGAGUUGACAGACCGAGUGGCGGCCACGGUAACUAGCAACCAAGGAGGGGUGGAUGCAGUGACGGUGACAGACCCGGAGGUAAUCCGGAUGAGAGAGGAAAUCAACACCUCCGUCCAGAAUUACAUUUCUACGGAGUGCAGCGACGGGAUUAGCGUUAAGCAAAUGAUGGCGCUGUCCACCUUAAACAGUAUGCACCAGGACAUCUGCAUUCUCGCCGAGGACCUGAUGGUUCACAUGGUGGUUAUGCCGUUCCACAAAAACCGGACGCCGGACGGGAAGCUAGACACCGGCAACUCCGGCUUCCGCCACGUCAACCGCAAGGUGCUCCGGCACGCGCCGUGUUCCGUGGGGAUCCUAGUGGACCGGGGGCUGGGAGCCAUAACGAUAUCGAAGACAAGCGUUUCCCUGAACGCCGCCGUGAUCUUCAUCGGCGGAAAAGACGACAGGGAGGCUCUGUCCUACGUGGGGCGCGUGGCGAGACAUCCCGGAGUGAAACUCACGGUGAUACGGUUCCUACUGGAGGCCGGCGAGGAUAGCGUGACGUCGAGAAUCAACAAAGCCAAAGCCGAGUCCGCCGAGCACCAGGAAGAGAUGAAGCUGGACGACGAGUGCUUCGCGCAGUUCUAUGAUCGGCACGUCUCCUGCGGGCGCGUGGCGUACAGGGAGAAGUAUCUGGUGAAUUCUAGCCAGACAUUCUCGACGUUGAGGUCUCUGGAAGGGCAGUACGAGCUGUUCAUAGUGGGGCGAGGGGGGAGAGUGAACUCGGUGUUGACGGUGGGGAUGAAUGACUGGGAAGAGUGCCCGGAGCUAGGUUUGAUAGGAGAUAUUCUUUCGGCUUCCGAUUACUCGGUCGCCACUUCUGUUUUGAUAAUCCAGCAACAUAGUUUUAAGGGGGAAAUAGACGGUCUUCAAGAAGAAUUCUCAAUCAUGUAA